UGCUGUUGCCAGGGAACAGCAGCCACAUAGAGGACCACUGAAACAACAGCAGGACUGUCUAAUGGAGAGAGGGACACAUAGACUUGGGCUUAUUUUUCUGAAGUUGCUGAAGGGAUAUAAAGGCUUUCUCCAAAGAGAGAAUUGGAUACAGAGGGCAGUUGAAAAAAGGGUUUGAUUUGAUGUGUGGAAGUGGAAAGAGUCACUCAAAAUGCAUUUGGAGCUACAAGCAGAGAAAAUGGGAGAUAGGGGGAGGGAGAUCAUGGUGCCAGAGCAGAUGCAUUUUGGUUAAAGGAAUUUUGUGUCUCUGUGGUGUGGACGUAGGAGUGGAGAGGCAGGCUGUCGGCUCACUCUUCACGGCCAGUCUUUCACCAACAACGGUUCAUGGCCAGAGGCGGAGGAGAGGAGAGGGGGUUCAGCACAGAGGUGCUGCCUGUCUUCAGACACCUGCUGCUGGCUAGCCGCUGACAUUGGGGACACUGUAUGACUGUGUCUGUGCACAAGUGUGUGUGCAUGCGAAUGAGGAGGGAUAUUUCAGCCUGAACCCUGUUUGCUGUGAGUGAGGGGGAUCAGCACUUUCUACACAAGAUACUUUACGCCUUUGACUGAGGAGGAGGAGGGGGAAGGACGCAGAUAAGCAAGAGGUUAUAGGAUCUCACGUAGCCCAUGCCCCGGCUCUCCUCUCUGAGGGAUGGGCACCACCGAGGCGACGCUACGAAUGGAGAACAUGGAGGUAAAAGACGAGUGGCAGGAUGAAGACUUCCCCAGACCACUACCAGAGUACGGCGACAUGGAUCCCUCCUGUGGUCUCACGGACGACAGGGCAUCCCCCUCUAACACACUGAAUGUGAGCCCACCCGGAGGAGGCGGUGUAUCCUCAUCCCACCGAAAACGGCGUACUUUGGUUGCACCUGAGAUGAACCUCUCACUGGACCAGAGUGAGGGUUCUUUGCUGUCAGAUGACUUCCUGGAUACGCCUGAUGACCUGGACAUAAAUGUUGAUGACAUUGAUACCCCUGACGAGACGGACUCACUGGAGUUCAUCACCAAUGGCAACGAGCUGGAGUGGGAAGAUGACACACCUGUGGCCUCAGCCAAAGCAGGUCCUGGUGCUGGCUCAGGACAAGCUGAUGAGGACGGAAAUGCAAACAGUGGUCGUCUCUGGAGGACGGUGAUCAUCGGGGAGCAGGAGCAUCGUAUUGACAUGCAAGUCAUUAGACCGUACAUGCGGGUCAUCACACAUGGAGGUUAUUAUGGAGAGGGCCUCAAUGCCAUUAUUGUUUUCUCUGCCUGUUACCUUCCUGACAGCAGCUGUCCAGACUACCACUAUAUCAUGGAAAACCUCUUUCUGUAUGUGGUGAGCAGUCUGGAGAUGCUGGUUGCCGAAGAUUACCUGAUCAUCUACAUGAACGGAGGCACUCCACGGAAUAAGAUGCCCGGGAUCAGCUGGCUAAAGAAAUGUUACCAAAUGAUUGACAGAAGAUUAAGGAAGAACCUGAAGUCUUUGGUCAUCGCUCAUCCCACUUGGUUCAUACGCACUGUCCUAGCUAUUUCUAGGCCCUUUAUCAGUGUGAAGUUCAUGAAUAAGAUCCAGUACGUCCACAGUCUGGAUGAACUGGCAGAAAUCGUCCCCAUGGAGCACGUCCAUGUUCCUGAGUGUGUGGUGCAAUUUGACGAGGAGAGGAUUAAAGCACGCAAGGAAAGGAUGGAGCAGGAGUGCAGACAGCAGGAACAGCAGCAGUCAGUACCACAACAGCCAAUUAAAAAGUCAGAGAGGCCGAAGUCUGUGAUAGCAGAUCAAGGAUUAUGAGGAGGACCGAGCUUUGCAGCUAAAGACAGACGCAUGGAUCAUGAACCCUUUCACAGAAACAGAUUCAAAGAAGUCGUCCAACAAGUCAACACGUGCUUCCUUGUUUUACCAGCAUCCAGCUGACAAUUAGUGUUGUCAUUACUAGUGAUCAAGAUGGUGAUCCCUUAUUCUACUUCUUCCUUACUGUCAGAGGUUUACUGCUCUGUUACAAGAAGUACGUCACCAUGAAAACUGUUGGCAGCUUUAAGUUGCUCUGUGUAUGUGCUCGUACUGUAAUAUUACAUCAUCAAGAGCCAAGGCAAGGACUUAAACAAAAAUGUUAGUGUACCCCACAAUGAAACACUUUUCAGAGGCCUUUGAUUUUAGCAUUGUUGGAUGGAACUAUUUAAACUACCAAUUGUGAUCCCACAUUAGUGACUAAAUUAGAAAAACUAGGGGCUUUACUUUUGGUUGAUCAAAUGGUACAGUUGUACUUUUUUAAUAUCAAACAAAUAUACUCAAAUAAUUGAAAAACAGGUUGGGUUUUGCACCCAAAUUCAGGAUGUGAUAAAAAUCUGACCAUUUUAGACUUAAAGGUUUCAGCCUUACGUUAGUGACGUGUACAUAUGUAUAAAAGAUUUAAACCAUGAGAGUCCAUGGAUAUCGAAGAGCAACAUUACUGCUGUGACAGACGAUGAGCGUUGUCAGUGAGUGCCUGACAGACUAAACUUAUGUCAAAAUGUCUUUUGUGAAUGUGAGGUGAUUUCAAUGUAAAUACUGAUGAUUAAUUUCAAACGCUUUCAGAUGCCUUCAUCUUUAUUUUUUUGGCCUCAUAACUGCUGUGUCACAAGGCCAACAAAGCCCUCUCUUUAGCUGUACUUGAAAGGAUUCAAAUGUACUAACAUCUGUACUGUAGACUUUGUGUUAUGAUGUGCCUCAGUCGUCUCGUGCUUUAAAGAUGCACUUUGUGGCCUAAAAAAAAACCAAUGUAAUAAAAUCUGCAAGAAUGAUGUAAAUGUUGAAGAAAAGGUUUGCUUGAGAUUAUGCAAGCAAUGCUUCUAAAUUAUAGUCAUGGCCAUAUGAAAAGAUUUAACACUGUAUAAUAUGCAUGUGUGUAAAAUCCUGUAAUGUAGGAAUAAUCUGUAUUGAUUUGAUACCCAACACAUUCUACAUAUGAAAUACUGUAUGUAGCAUAAUGUAGGUAAUACAAGUAUUAAAUCUUGAUCCAGGUGGCCACAAUGAAGACAAAAUACACAAACAUUGCCCAUUUUUGCAGAUUAAUUCAUAAAAUGUGCAUUUCUAUCAUUCAUUCACAUCUGUUUCAGGUGGAAACAUAUUACGAACACUAAGAUUACUGAUCGGAUCAAUAACUUGAUCAUGUAAAAGAGCAGCCUCAGAAAGGAAAAUGUUUUGAUCUCCUUUCAGAAUGAUAGAGUAAAUGUAGCUUACAGAGAAUGACUUUGUGCUCUAUCCAAGUGACAUGUCAUUAUGUUACUCUGUGUUUGUGUCUGAUGUAAAUGUGGGGAACUGUUAGAACAUUGUCAUGUUUAACAACGUCUCACAGACAUCAUACUGCAUUAUUGAUUGUACAUUACCCUGGGUGACAUUGAUUCUCUCUGAUGUCUUCCAUCUGUUGUAGCAGGAGGACAGAGGAGGAAGAAGUUUUAUUUUUGUAAAGCAUAACUGUGUUACCUGCCUGCCUUGUUUUGCACUAUUCAAUGGUUUUAGUGUAUCAUGUGAUCUAUGUUUAGGAAUAGAUUUGUUCUCCUUAAAUGUGUUUUGUCUUUUGUUGUAAAGGAGGACCAUUGAUGUUUUGCAGCUGUCUAGCUAUUAGUAAAGGAUGAACAGGCAAAAUGUUGUGCAAGAAAAUUGGACCCUGUUUCUAAAGUGCCGCCUCUUAGUUCUGCUUUAUCAUCAUUUCUUUUAUUUUGCCUUUCUCAUGAAUAAAUGUUUUAAAAAAAAGCUUGAAUUUGAGUCCCUUUGCAGUCACGUGUGGCUGUUUCCACACCAGUAAACUAAACCUGAGCCUCUCUCAUACGGUAUGUAACCCUUUCUGCAGCUUGUCAUUCUUUGGAAAUGUUCCUUUGAUGUGUGUUUGCUGUCUUUAGUGCCUAUUCUUCAACAAAUGUUUAAAAGAAAUCCAGAAAUGCAACGUGUAACCUUUCAAGAUUUAGUUAUAGUUUACAGGUUUAAAAUAUCAGUCACAACUUAUAUUACAAGCAAUGUCUGCAUAGAAGUGACCAAUUAAAUCUUACACAAUAAAAGCACAAUAUUUAGAUCAUUACAAAUGAUCUGCCUCCAUGUAUUUUCUGUAUAAUGUUGCCUCAGAUUGCAAUGUGAAGGGUUCUUUGGAUUGGUAUGAUUGGCUCUGUCUUAGAAUAACUGAAUAAACUGUUCCUCCUAUUGAAUUGAAA